AUGACCUGUCAUCUUCAAAAGGAUGGCAUGUUACAUGUUGUUUCUUUUCAUGGCCAGCAUAAUCAUGAGUUUGCUCCUUCGCCAAUGAAACAUAUGUUAAGAUCGAAGAGAAAAAUUUCACUUGCUCAAAAAGCCAUUGCAAAUGAUGCAGAGAGGUCUGGAAUAUCAAUAAAACAAACCAUUGAAUUAUUGAGCAUGCAAGCUGGGGGUCGUGAAAAUCUUGGGUUUAUGGAGGUUGACUAUAAGAAUCAUGUACAUAAUGAGAGGAGGAUGGCUUUGAGGAAAGGAGAUGGACCUGCAAUGAUGGAGUUCUUUCAUAAGAUGCAAUUGGUAGAUCCAUCUUAUUUUUAUUCAAUACAAGUUGAUGAUGAUGGUCAAAUCAUGAACAUUUUUUGGGCUGAUACUAGAUCAAUAGUUGAUUAUGGGAACUUUGGAGAUGUUAUUUGUUUUGACACAACUUAUCGAACAAAUAGAUAUGAUCGUCCCUUUGCUCCAUUCGUUGGGGUUAAUCAUCACAAACAAUCAAUUAUCUUCGAUGCAGCUUUACUUUAUGAUGAGACUAUAGAGUCAUUUAAGUGGUUGUUUGAAACUUUUUUAACUGCAAUGUCAGGAAAGCAGCCAAGAACUAUACUUACAGAUCAAUCUGCUGCAAUGGCUAAAGCAAUAACAGAGAAUGCUGCUAAGAAUCUACAUCAUGUAUUUCAUUCAUCUAAGCAAUUUGCAAAAGAUUUUAGUGAUUGUUUAUAUGAGUAUGAAGAUGAAGAUGAAUGGCUUAUUUCAUGGGAUUAUAUGCUUAAGGAAUAUGGUCUUACUGAUAAUAAAUGGUUGCAUAGCAUAUUUGAUGUGAAAGAAAAAUGGGCUAUUGUAUAUGGUCGACACAUGUUCACUGCCGAUAUGAAAAGCACCCAACGUAGUGAGUCAAUAAACAAUGUGUUGAAGAAAUAUUUAAAACCAAAACAUGAUUUUGUGCGCUUUUCAGAACAUUACUCUAGAGUUUUGGUUGAUAAGAGACAUCAAGAACUACAGGCAGAGUUCAAAAUGAGGCAAACAAAAUCGAUUUUACAGUCUAAUGUAGAGAUGUUGAGACAUGUUGUAGAGCUGUACUCCCCAGAAAUUUUUCAAAUGUUUCAAGAUGAAUAUAUGAAGAUUGCUGAUUGUACUAUUUACAAGGCUAAUAAAUCUGAUACUAUCACAGAAUACAAGGUCAAAUAUAGUCAAAGAAUUCAAGAGCACCUAGUUAAAUAUGAAGCCUCAACUACUUCGGUGGAAUGCAGUUGCAAGAAGUUUAGCUUUGUAGGAAUUCUGUGUGCCCAUGCUUUGAAAGUUCUUGAACAUAAAAAUGUUAAGAGACUUCCCGUUCAUUAUGUAUUGAAAAGAUGGACGCAAGAUGCAAAGGCUGGUUCUAUCAAGGACUAUCAUGGCAUUGAUAUUAAAGGUAAUGCUCAAGAGUCAAUAGGAAAACGCUACUCUUAUUUGAGCCAUAAUGCUCGUGAAAUUUCUACACUUGCAGCAGAGAAUGAGAUAAUGUAUGAACAUACCAAAGAAUCUUUUGAAAAAUUAAUGAAGGAAUUGCAAGAGAUUAGAAAAAAAUGUCAUUCGAAUAAUAUGGAAAGUUGCAUAGAGGUCCAUGGUGAUGUUACUACAGAUGUUUUACAAGGUGAUAGCAUAUGUAGAAUUAAAACAAAACCUACUGUUGGGCGUCCAAAGAGAAGGUUGAAAUCUGCAUUAGAGAAGAAAAAUGGUUUCAAUAGCUACUUCUGA